CGCUAGGCCAGCCGGCACGUUGACAAAAGCCGGAGAAUCAAUCCGCAUUAACGACAUCUACUGUGCUGGCAAAGCUAGAAGGAUCCGCGGCUUUUGACUUUAGCAUCUAGACCCCGCCUCACUGACGGGGAGGGCGUAUGCCUGCUGGAGUCCGGUCUGGACUGGAGGUUUUAACGCGAGCUAACGUUCGAUAGCAAUAGCGCUAGCUUUUUCCCGGAGCGAGAGCGAUGCGCGGUCAGAGAUAAAACAAGGGGCGUUCGAUUUGACACAAAAUCCUUGUUUUGCCUCGGUAUCCCUGGACGGUAAGAUUAAUUUAUUAACAUGUCAGUCCUCGCUCUGCAAGAAUACGAAUUUGAAAGGCAGUUCAACGAGAACGAAGCCAUCCAAUGGAUGCAGGAAAACUGGAAGAAGUCCUUCCUCUACUCGGCCCUGUACGCGGCCUGCAUUCUGGGGGGCCGGAGGCUGAUGAAGCAGAGGGAGAAGUUUGAGCUGCGGAAGCCCCUGGUGCUCUGGUCCCUCUCCCUCGCCGUCUUCAGCAUAUUCGGCGCCAUUCGCACCGGAGGGUACAUGGUGUUCAUCCUGAUGACCAAAGGGCUGAAGCAGUCUGUCUGCGACCAGAGCUUCUACAACGGGCCCGUCAGCAAAUUCUGGGCCUACGCCUUCGUGCUCAGCAAGGCCCCGGAGCUGGGAGACACGCUGUUCAUCGUCCUGAGGAAACAGAAGCUCAUCUUCCUGCACUGGUACCACCACAUCACGGUCCUGCUCUACUCCUGGUACUCCUACAAGGACAUGGUCGCCGGGGGCGGCUGGUUCAUGACCAUGAACUACCUGGUGCACGCGGUCAUGUACUCCUACUACGCCCUGCGGGCGGCGGGCUUCCGCGUGUCGCGCAAGUUCGCCAUGUUCGUGACGGCCACGCAGAUCGCCCAGAUGGCGGUGGGCUGCCUGGUGAACGGCCUGGUCUUCUCCUGGAUGCAGCAGGGCCAGGAGUGCCCGUCGCACGUGCAGAACAUCGUCUGGUCCUCGCUCAUGUACCUCAGCUACUUCGUGCUCUUCUGCCAGUUCUUCCGCGAGGCCUACGGGCGCAAGGCCCGGCAGGCCGCCGAGAGGAAGGGCCUGUAAUGGUGGGCGGGGCCGAGGCGGGCCG